CUGGUGAGGGGGAACCAUGGGCGCACACGCUUCACUGCGUCUUUUUCCAUCCAACCCCCUAUAAAAUCUCCAAAUCCAACACCCCACCUCACCUCUUCCUCCUCGUCUCGUCUCUUCUCGUCGCCGGUGGAUUCGCCGCCGCCUCCGCCGCCGCCGCCGGAGGAGGAGGACGAGGAGAGGGCGCUCCCUCGGGGGUGAGCAUCCAGCCACCUCGGCCCGUUGCCUCCUCUUCGCAUCUCGGCCCCGCGAGAUUGGAAGUGAGGGCAGGGCAGGGCGGCAGGGGCCAUGGCGGUCCCACUCGUGCUCGUCGUGCUCCCGCUCGGCCUCCUCUUCCUCCUCUCCGGCCUCAUCAUCAACGCCAUCCAGGCCGUCCUGUUUCUCUCGAUAAGGCCGUUCUCGAAGAGCUUGUACCGGCGGAUCAACAGGUUCUUGGCCGAGCUGCUGUGGCUUCAGCUGGUCUGGCUUGUGGAUUGGUGGGCAGGAGUUAAGAUACAACUGCAUGCUGAUGACGAAACUUACAAGGCAAUGGGGAAUGAGCAUGCACUUGUCAUAUCAAAUCAUCGGAGCGAUAUCGAUUGGCUUAUUGGGUGGAUUUUGGCACAGCGCUCAGGAUGCCUUGGAAGUACACUUGCUGUUAUGAAGAAAUCAUCGAAAUUCCUUCCAGUUAUUGGCUGGUCCAUGUGGUUUGCAGAAUACCUCUUUUUGGAAAGGAGCUGGGCAAAGGAUGAAAAGACAUUGAAAUGGGGCCUCCAAAGGUUGAAGGACUUCCCCAGACCAUUUUGGCUAGCCCUUUUUGUUGAGGGCACUCGCUUUACUCCAGCAAAGCUUCUAGCAGCUCAGGAGUAUGCUGUUUCACAGGGUUUGCCAGCACCCAGAAAUGUAUUGAUUCCACGUACAAAGGGAUUUGUAUCAGCUGUAACUAUUAUGCGGGAUUUUGUUCCAGCUAUUUAUGAUACAACAGUAAUUAUUCCAAAAGAUUCACCUCAACCAACAAUGCUGCGGAUUUUGAAAGGGCAAUCUUCAGUGGUACAUGUUCGCAUGAAACGUCAUGCAAUGAGUGAGAUGCCAAAGUCAGAAGACGAUGUUUCAAAAUGGUGCAAAGACAUCUUUGUAGCAAAGGAUGCAUUACUGGAUAAGCAUUUGGCGACAGGCACUUUUGAUGAGGAGAUUAGACCAAUUGGCCGCCCAGUAAAAUCAUUGCUGGUGACUUUGUUUUGGUCAUGUCUCCUUUUAUAUGGCGCCGUCAAGCUCUUCCUAUGGACUCAACUCCUGUCGACAUGGAAAGGAGUCGGGUUUACGGGCCUUGGGCUCGCACUGGUGACGGCGGUCAUGCAUGUCUUCAUCAUGUUCUCGCAGUCAGAGCGAUCGAGCUCAGCCAAGGCGGCUCGGAACCGUGUCAAGAAAGAUUGAAAGAGAUGAAGAUAGAGUCUGCAGCUUAUCAAUGGGAGCUACCAAUUAAUUGGGUAUUGAAUUCAUGUAGGCAACAAAAUUGAGGGCCUAAUCUUUCCUGUAUAAUGCACCAAAAGGGUUCUUACAGAACUGAAUGCCUGAAUAGAGAGAUUCUAGGAGAUUUGGUGAACUAGCAACUCUGAGCUCUGUUGUGCUGUAUUUUCAGAGAAUGUUUUUUUUUGGCAGAACAGGAAUUGUACUACUUGUAUUUAUUGGAACUUCUACAUCAGUCUGGAUUUGUUCAGAAGACCUUUAGUGAUUUAUGUAUCAGUGAAACUUAUAUCC